AUGGCAAGUGGCAAUGGCAAUGGCAAUAGACGGGUGCUACGUCUGUAUAUAGACGUGGAACCGGCAAAUUUGGAGGAGCGUCGCAAGCGAUUGGUGGAUCAACAAAAGGCCUUGGCAACGGCCCGUCAGUUGAGUCCACGGCCCAAGAGUGUGGUGACCAUUGUGAUUGGGCCGACAGAGUUGCCAUGUGAUCUGGAUUUGUUGCAGCGGGCAACGAAGUUCUUUGUGCGCGGUAAACCAGGGAUGGCAUAUGGAUUGCCCGCUUGUCACGUCAGCCUCGAGUCCUUCAUCACCAUCUACAAGUGGAUGGCGAGGCCAAGUCAGGUGGUGCCGCCAAAGCUAUUGAUGGGCGUCUAUCGUGCGGCAAUCUAUCUGAAUAUUAAGGUACUGCUGGAGCAGUUUAAUGAAAAGUUUCGAGAUCCGCGCACGGCACGUGAAGAGAUCGGUUUCUAUAUGUUCUGCGGUCUGCAUGCGAUGAAUCUGUAUGUGCCAGUUCGCAAGAUUCUAUCGGUGAAUCGGUUCUUCCUCACCAUGAUCGGCACUUCGGAGUAUCUGCACUUGUGGCCGAAUGUAUUGGUCAAAUUGCUCAGCUCGACAAACAUUUGCGUGAACUCGGAGAUGGAGGUGCUGAUUGCCACCGUGUUGUGGCUCUUUCACGACUAUCGAUCCCGUCAUACCCACACCAUGGAACUGUUGGACUGUGUACGCUUCGAUAGCAUUCCGUUCGAGGCGCUGCUUCAAUUCCGUGAUCAUUGCCCACUCAGUCCGCUGACACAGCUGCUGUUCCGUCCGGAGUUUGAGAUGUUCUUGAAGCGUGCUCCAUCGCUGAACAACAAUAUUCGGUAUUGCAAUCGCCGCAUCUGGAUUUAUGAUCCGCAGUGUCAAUACCAUCAUGAUGCCCACUGUCCCAGACGCAACUUUAUCACUCUCGAUCAGUUUAUGGACUUUCAGCGGGUGCUGCGUGCGGCUCCGAGUCUUCAUUGGUGCAAUCGCCAUCAGCUGAAUCCCUAUAUGCACAGUUGCCGACACGAGGUGUGCCGACGCUUUCCCAAGUUGGGCAACCCUCGGAGACUUGCUUCUAAUUGA